CGUUUAGACUACAACUCCCAGCAGCCACGAGAAGCCCUAGGGCUUGAUGGGAACGGGAAACCUUAUAACCUUUCACGUCCCGGCUCCGCGGGUUCCGUGGGUCGCCCGCGAAAUCUGAUCCGGGAUGCAGCGGCCCAAUCGGAAGGUGGGCCCAAAUCCCGCGACAGCAAGAGGCUCGUAGCGACCUGCGGUGCUAAGAAACGCAGUGCUUUCAAAAUUGGCGUCCGCUGUUCGCCUCGCCUCCCGGGAGUCUUCUACCUCCUCCCAGAAGAGGAAGGAAGCACAGUAUGAAAACUUUGGAGACUCAACCGUUAGCUCCGGACUGCUGUCCCUCAGACCAGGAUCCAGCUCCGGCCCAUCCUUCUCCCCACGCUUCUCCGAUGGAUAAAAAUGCGGACCCUGAACUGAUGCCACCGCCUCUCGAAAGGGAGGAUCCGCCCCGGUUGUCCCCAGAUCCUGUGACUGGCUCAGCUGUGUCCCAGGAGCUAGGGAAGGGGGACCCAGUUUCUCUCUCCACUCCCCUGGAAACAGAGUUUGGUGCUCCUAGUGAGUUGAGUCCUCAAAUCGAGGAGCAAGAACUUUCUGAAAAUACGAGACUUCCUGCAGAAGAAGCAAACGGGAGCCUUUCUGAAGAAGAAGCGAACAGGCCAGAGUUGGGGUCUGAAGAAGCCAUGGAAGAUGCCUCUGGGGAACCCGCUGCAGAGGACGAGGGAGACACUGCUUGGAACUACAGCUUCUCCCAGCUGCCUCGAUUUCUCAGUGGUUCCUGGUCAGAGUUUAGCACCCAGCCUGAGAACUUCUUGAAAGGCUGUAAGUGGGCUCCUGACGGUUCCUGCAUCUUGACCAAUAGUGCUGAUAACAUCUUGCGAAUUUAUAACCUGCCCCCAGAGCUGUACCACGAGGGGGAGCAGGUGGAAUAUGCAGAAAUGGUCCCUGUCCUUCGAAUGGUGGAAGGUGAUACCAUCUAUGAUUACUGCUGGUAUUCUCUGAUGUCCUCAGCCCAGCCAGACACCUCCUACGUGGCCAGCAGCAGCCGGGAGAACCCGAUUCAUAUCUGGGAUGCAUUCACUGGAGAGCUCCGGGCUUCCUUUCGCGCCUACAACCACCUGGAUGAGCUGACGGCAGCCCAUUCACUCUGCUUCUCCCCGGAUGGCUCCCAGCUCUUCUGUGGCUUCAACCGGACUGUACGUGUUUUCUCCACGGCCCGGCCCGGCCGAGACUGCGAGGUCCGAGCCACGUUUGCAAAAAAGCAGGGCCAGAGCGGCAUCAUCUCCUGUAUAGCCUUCAGCCCAGCCCAGCCCCUCUAUGCCUGUGGCUCCUACGGCCGCUCCCUGGGUCUGUAUGCCUGGGGUGAUGGUUCCCCUCUUGCCUUGCUGGGAGGGCACCAAGGGGGCAUCACCCACCUCUGCUUUCAUCCCGAUGGCAACCGCUUCUUCUCAGGAGCCCGCAAGGAUGCUGAGCUCCUGUGCUGGGAUCUCCGGCAGCCUGGUUACCCACUAUGGUCCCUGGGUCGAGAGGUGACCACCAAUCAGCGCAUCUACUUCGAUCUGGACCCGACCGGGCAGUUUCUAGUGAGUGGCAGCACGAGCGGGGCCGUCUCUGUGUGGGACACGGGCGGGCCUGGCAAUGAUGGGAAGCCGGAGUCCGUGUUGAGUUUUCUGCCCCAGAAGGACUGCACCAAUGGCGUGAGCCUGCACCCUAGCCUGCCUCUCCUGGCCACUGCCUCCGGUCAGCGUGUGUUUCCCGAGCCCACAGAGAGUGGGGACGAAGGAGAGGAGGAGUUGGGCCUUCCCCUGCUCUCCACACGCCAUGUCCACCUUGAAUGUCGGCUUCAGCUCUGGUGGUGUGGGGGGGGCCCAGACUCCAGCAUCCCUGAUGAUCACCAGGGCGAGAAAGGGCAGGGAGGAACGGAGGGAGGUGUGGGUGAGCUUAUAUAAAAAGGUUUUUAUGAUA